AUGGCAGCAACAGCGCAGGACCCGUCGCGCAUAACGGAAGCCGAGUCAUCCCAAGCCGCGGAUGCCUCCGCGCGUGCUGAUUCGCUCGUUAGCACCCGCAAUGCGAAACUGGUGGCCGAGGGAGCCGCGCUUCUGCAGGAACUGCAAUCUGUGCUCCUAUCCGACCCACACAUAGACGAAUACGCCAUCCUGCCUGCCUUGCCAGAACCGUCCAGCAGUGAAAAAAAGCCAGUCAACCUGACGGAGAAUAAGGUGGACGGUGGGGAGAAGUUGUCACGUCCCGUAGGUUCUUCCUCUUCCUCCUCCUCCUCCUCCUCCUCCUCCUCCUCCUCCUCCUCCUCCUCCUCCUCCUCCUCCUCCUCCUCCUCCUCCUCCUCCUCCUCCUCCUCCUCCUUCUACCUCCAAGACCACAAGCUCGCCAUCGCCAUGCCAGCUGUCCCCCCGCUAUUCGCUGCUGCUUCGGCACGGCUGCAGGGAAUGAGAGGGGAAGGGGCCGGUCAGGCGGAAAAAGCCGGAGGAGGAGGAGAAAAGGAGGAGGAGAAGGGGGGUGAGAAGGAUGAGGAGGGAGAGGAGGAGGAUGAGGAGGGACAGGAGGAGGUAGAUCUGGUGACCCGGGCGCUGGUGCUGGUGAAUGGCGAGCACAGCACGGCAUGGCAUGUGAGGUGGGUGUGUGUGCACGUGAGGUGGGCGUGUGUGCACGUGAGGUAG